GGUCCCUCAAUACCAGAAACUUAAAGAAUUCAAUAGCAAGUUCAAUCAAAAAGCAAACUGAACAACCGAACCUGUUGGUGGUGUUUCGUCUCAGUUCAAGAGAUAUGUAUCUUCCAUCUCUCUCGCAUUUUGAUUACUCUAUUAGCAAUCUCCGUAUCGUAUAUCUGUGCGCACGUAUUGAUAUGAUCAGAACCAGAAACAAUACUAAUGAAUUCGCCAAUUGGUUUCCUUCCAGUUUGCUUUGGAUUUGAUUUUUGGGUUUUAGGGGUUUAACAAAAAUUUGGGGAAACAAAGUCGUCGCCGAUCAAGCUGAAUUAACGGUCAAGAUCAGUUUCUACACUAAUCAACGGACUCAAUCGUCCCGUGUCGAAACAGGAAUGUUUUACAUAAAAGCCAAGGGUUUUUCAUUUCCAGCGAUAAUUGAUUAUACGCUUCUCGAGAUCUCUUUUUUUAAUCAUCCCGCAUAGGAACCCAAAAGGUGGUGUGUAGUUUCAUUUGCUCUCAACUCAAGAUGAUGGACUCAUCAGGAAUGUGAUUAGUGACUAAAAAGUUGUAAGCUUUGACUCAGUUCUUAUAGACUUAAUGGAUCUUUCAUGAGUUUUUUCACCUUGUGAUCACCAACCAAUCUAUCUACAUUCUCUUUUGAGAUUUUGUCUUGUCUUGAAAAAUCUGCUCACAGAUUGAAGGAAGAUGCAUUACAUGGAUUUGUUUAGUAAAGCUGGAAACAUAUUUAGGCAGCCUAGAGCUUUGCAGGCCGCCAACGCUAUGUUACAGGGCAAUCUUUCUUUGACUCCUUCCAAACUCUUUGUUGGAGGUCUGUCACCAACUACUGAUGUUGAUAUCUUGAAAGAUGUUUUUGGCAGAUUUGGCAAAAUCGUUGAUGUGGUAGUGAUUUCGGACCGUGAAACUGGUGUGUCGAAGGGAUUUGGUUUCGUAACAUACGACUCGAUUGAUGCUGCUAAUAAGGCAAUGCAACAGAUGAAUGAUCAGGAACUUGAUGGGAGAAUAAUUGGAGUGAACCCAGCUGAUUCAGGAGGCGGUGGAGGUGGUUUACCAAGACGGGGAGGUCGUGGUGGUGGCCGAGGUGGGUUCGGUCGUGGUGGAUUUGGACGUGGAGGCUAUAACUUUGUUCGUUAACUUGGCAUCCAGAAUGUCUAUCAACGAGAUUUCAUUACUCUAUUGUUUGAUUUUCUUUUCACAAACAGAUCAAGUGGCUGGCAAAAACAUUUAUUGAUUCA